GCUUGCCAAGGCUGCGGCUUCACCCCGCUCCAUGCCGCUAAGCUUCAGGUCUGGCUCUCUGGUCGGGACAAUAUGAGUCUGCUCUCUUGAGCCUCUCCGGGCUGGUCACGACCCCGCUCCUCUCUUGCAGUGCAAACCGAUGUGGAUUGUGGCCCUGCAGCAGCGGGGGACGAGCUCUUGACCAUCAUGAAGCGCAGUCGCAUCCAGUUCGAGCACAAUGGAGGAGAUACCUCGUCCGCCUCUCCUACGAAUGGUACCUCUCGUUCAAUGUCGGUACAUGUUCCGAAGAUUUCGCGCAAGAUUCGUGCCUGUACGGAAUGUAAACGCCAUAAAGUUCGAUGUGACAUGAAAGCCAAUGAUGCCAUAUGCCAGAGAUGUCAGCGCAUGGGGCUAGAAUGCGUGGUCAAUAAGAGUCUACAGACGCUUCUCGAUGAUGAGGCAGAGUGGAAGACGAUGAUCGAACUGGCCAUGACAGAUCUGCUGAGGAAAGCGCAAUUACCAGAAUUAUCAUACUAUCAGGCCGGUGGAGGGACCACGCAGGAUCCCUCCAGGUCGAGAGACCGGAAGUUAUCAACAGUAUCGCCUAGAGAUGGUGGAGCGUCCUACCCGACCCACGAGGGGACCGACUCUGUUGGCACAAGUGUGGAUGAAGCCCAGCAGCAAGGUUUCUCAAGUUCACGAGGACAGCCGCGAUACUCCCCCGAUCGGGAAGAAACAGGAGCAUCAUCGCUAGUAACUGCACCUAUGGGGAGCCUUUUUGAAGUAACCCAGUUGAGCCGUCCUCGGGCGAACUCCCCGGGAUGUCAAUAUGCGCCGGACCGCGCACUCGUUACAGAUUUCAUAUCGCGUGGAGUGGUUGAUCUGGCAGAAGCUGAGGAGCUGUUUUACUAUUUCGAUAGGUUAUUGAAUCACUAUCUGUGGGAUGGCAUCGCUAUGCCUCACAAAGACCUUACCUCGGCCCGAAGAUCUUCGUCAUUGCUCUCAGCUGCCAUCCUCACAGUCACAGCUCUCCAUAUCCCCAACAAAGAACGAACCUUUGACACAUGCUACACCGAGUUUGCGAAGUUGGCAUCGGAUUCGAUGCUUAGCAGGCAUCAUACAUUUGACGACCUUCGCGCAUUGUGCAUUGGAGCAUUUUGGCUAUCAGACGUCAGCUGGAAACUCUCCGGCUACGCUGUGCGGAUUGCUACAGAGCGCAACUUGCAUCAGUGCUACCGCAAGGCAGUGCAAGGAUCUCCAGAACACCGAGAACAGGCCGGUCUGUGGUAUCUUCUCUAUGUUCUCGAGCAUCACUUUUCAAUUGCUUACGGACGGCCACCGAUUAUACAUGAAGAUUCUACCAUCACUAACCAUGAUACAUUUACCCGUUCCCCGACAGCUACCCAGUCUGAUAUGCGCCUGCAUAGCCAGGUUGCCCUGUUUAUUGUACUAACUCGAAUAUAUCAUGCAUUUGGCCCUGACGUUGAACUCGAGGUUGCGGAGGAAGACCUGCCAAAAAUCGAGAAAUUCGAUGCUGACUUGGAGAACUGGCGAGCAACAUGGCUGCCACGUCUCGGCGACAGUCCAUAUGUUGGUGCAUAUCCCCACAAGGCUGUAUACUUGCACUACCAUUUCUCCCGUCUUACAUUGAAUUCGCUCGCCUUGCGCACUUACCAAGCUUCGACAUCCACACGGAGGAUGUCCUCAGAACGUAAGAAGCACGCAAACAUUGCCAUCAGCUCUGCAAUAUCAACGCUCAACGUUGUUCUGGAUGAGCCGGACAUUCAGAGAUCUCUAGUCGGCGUUCCUCUAUAUUUGCAUAGUAUGAUCACAUUUGCUGCUGUUUUCCUCUUGAAGAUCGCUGUCAAAGGCUGUUCAGCCAGCAUCCCUGGGUGUCCUGGCCAGCAGAACUCCAUUGCGUCUGCUGGCCUGCUCAUCGAUGUCCCAUACGUUGAGAGCCUUGUUGAGCGGACCGUGAACAUGAUGAUAUCCUGCAGUGAACGUGCAAGCGAGCGCCAUGUUAGUCACCAUAUAGCCCGAGGGUUGGGGAAGAUGCUCUCUGGAUUCCGGGAAUGGGAUAAACGGGACCCCGGUCACCGGCAGCGCAAACAGCUGUCCUGGUCUCAGGAAUCACCGUCGCUUUUCAAACCAGUGGCUAUACCUGAGAUCCAGACACUUGGAGAACGUGGAACCAUCCUUACCCAUCCCUCGCCACUAUUGGGAGUUGCUCCUCUUUCGGCCGAACGAACCAAUGGCUCUCAAACAGCUCCGUUGGGUGGCCACCAAGGUGGUCUAUCCGAGGGCUCUCAAGAUCCCAUGAUGGCUGACCUCUGGGGAUUCGACGAAGAAUACUUCCCCACCGGGGUGUUUGAUUUCCUACAGUCGCAGAUGCCCGCAUGAGGCAUCAAACGUCUCCUCACCUAACUACCGUGAACAACACCGACUCAAAUAAUAUAUAUAUAUAUCAUGGUUCUGUGGAUUCCAUUGCACAUUGAGCUCACGCAACAGUGC